AUGGACAUCUUACUGACUCUUUUAGACGGCAUUGAUGAUAUCAAUCGCGUUGGCAGUAAUGGCGAAACGGCGCUGUUGACAGCUGCCAAGGGAGGCGUGCUAGACGCACUUGGCACGGCACCCCUUUCGAUCGCGUGUGAAGACGGUCAUUUGGAAAUGGUGCGGCUCUUGCUCGAUUACAACAACAGCGCUAAAGCCAUCAAUACUCAGGAAACG